AUGAACCAGUUGUAUCAACGGGGGUUCCAUGUAAAUGAUCAGAAAGUAGUAGACGAAGUUCUUUCAGAAUGGUUCACAGCUGACACCCUAGAUAAUAUCCUCACACAGUGGGAGAAUAAAACUCAGAAAAAAGUAGAAAUAGAGCAAAUAUCUUUGAACAUUCUCUGCUAUAACGUACAAGGAUGGGGGUCCAGAAGUUUAGAAGUAAUCGAUAUUGUUUAUAAAAUAGAAGCAUCAAUAUGUGUAUUUACGGAAGUCGGAGAGUUAUGGAAUACAUCUCAAAUACCUCAUUUUAAUAUUUUUCAUCAACACGGAACUAAUAAAAGCGGUGGUGUAUGUAUAGCUAUAGGAAAACAUUUAAAAGGUUCAAGAAUCGACUUAAAUAUUGAAAAUACAAUUAUUGUCGAUGUCGAUGGCCUCUCUGAAACAGUUAAAAUAAUUGCUAUUUACUGGCCAGCAGGCCAAACAAGAGUUUUAGGAGAAUUAGAGUCAUAUAUCACUAAAAAUACAAUCAUAACUAGUGAUUUCAAUGCAUCCGUAAAAGAAUGGGGUAGCACGUCGGCAUAUAAAAGAGGAAGAAUUUUGAAAGAAUGGGUGGAGAAAAACAAUCUUUGUUACAUUCCCUCAUUAUCAAAUUCUUCAAAACGUUCGAAUAGAAACAUUGAUUUAACAUUUACAAAUUUAGGAGGAACAAAGGAAGUGACUCUAAAGAUGGGUACCAGUGAUCACUGGUCAAUAAUGAUAACUUGCGAGAAUUUAGUAUUUGAUAAGAAUAGUAUUUUUCCCCACGUACAUUGGAAGGCAUAUGAAGCCAUUCUUACGUUGUUACAAGAAUUUUGUUUUUCUGGUCGAUCAGUUAUUGUUCCAACAAAAUAUGGCGACGUACUAGGAUAUGCAACAGAUCUAAGUCGUAUAUUUUAUGGUAUUCCAUUUGCUCAGCCACCACUGGGUCCAUUGAGAUGGAAUCUGCCAGCACCUAUCAGUAGAUGGGCUCCUGCAACAAUAAAUGCAACUGAAAUGCCACCUGCUUGUCCUCAACCUGCAUGCGAUAUUCAUGAUAUUCUAUGCCCAAAAACUACAUCGGAGGAUUGUCUAUAUUUGAAUAUUUUCACUCCACUACAAAACAAUUCAUCAUUACUUCCCGUCAUGAUAUUUAUUCCUGGAGGUAAUUUUCAGUUUUUGGAUGCUUCCUUAGUAAUCUAUGAAGCAGAUCGUUUUGUCAACACGACUAACGUCGUCUGUAUAUUUAUUCAGUAUCGAUUAGGUGUACUUGGCUUUCUUGCAACUGGCACUGGUCCAAACGAUUUCAAAGGUAAUUAUGGCAUAUUAGAUCAACGAUUAGCAAUUGCUUGGAUCAAAUCAAAUAUCGAUGCUUUCGGAGGAGAUCCGAAUCAAAUUACACUGUUUGGUCAAAGUGCUGGUGCUCAAUCAACAGCAUUACACUAUGUUACAAGUGAUAUGCAAUCCUUUUUUCAAGCUGCUAUAAUUCAAAGUUCUCCCAUGGCAGUUCCAUUCAGAACUUAUGCAGAAUAUAUUACUCCUACCGUCCUUCUAGCUGAAAAGCUCAAUUGCACUGUUGGCGAUCUCGAAUGUUUUAGAAGAGCGUCAUAUCAAGAUAUUGUUACAGCUCAAACAGCAGUAAAUAGUAUGGUCACGUCGAUGAAAGCUUUAAUCUUCUUUGAACCGUGGCUUCCUGUUAUUGACAAUACAAUAGUUCAUGGUCAACUUUUAGAUCUGGUUACAAAUGUAUCUUUUCCACUGAAACCACUCAUUACCGGUACAUUGACGGAAGAGGCCUUAGGAUUUAUACAUGACAUAUGGUCAACGCCAGUAUCACCUAAGAUUUACGUCGAAGUUGGUAUUGUUAUAUUUGGUACCAAGUUUCUUAAAAUCGUUGAACGUUAUCCACCAGAAGGGUCGGGCGAUCAAAGACCACUCUUGGCUCGGCUUGCUACUCAAUGGAUAUUUGCUUGUCCAACGCGGGUUUUUGCUCGAAAAACAGCUACCUAUUCAUAUGUAUUUGGUUAUCCACUUCAAACAAAUGGCACAUUCAAUUCUUCUGGAUGUGAAGGUCAUACGUGUCAUGGUGAUGAAUUGGUAUUCCUAUUUGAAGCAUUCUGGACGAAUUUGACUACUAAUACUGAUCGAUACAUAUCUACAACAUUGGCUACCUAUUGGACAAACUAUGCUAAAAGUAAAGAUACCAAUCAACCAGUACAAAUUCCUUUGGUAUGGCCUAAAGUGACUAAUCAAUCUGAACAAUAUCUAUACUUUCAAGAUCCACUUCAAAUCAAAGAAAACUAUUUAAAAGACGAUUGCGACUUUUGGGAUGAAAUUGGCUAUUGA